AACAUCACCCGGGUGGUGUGAAUGUGUGUGAUGAUGCUUUUCUACACAUGUGUGAGGCAACUUCUGAAAAGAAAGACAGAAAGAAAAAAAAGCUGUGGUCAGGGCAAGUUGAACUCCCACUUCCUCUCACUUCUUUGGCUCAAUUUCUUGUGUUUGUGUCUGAAGCUCAGCAGUGAGCAGAGUGACGGAGUCUUCGGUGAAGCUUGUGAAGAGCAUUCAAGCUGCAAGAUGAAGAUCCUACAGCUACACUUCUGUCUGCUGCUGUGGUGUGGAGCUCCAGAGGGCUUCACAGAUAUGCUGGUAGAUCUGGGACAGAAUGUGACUUUAAACUGUGAGACUGGUGUAAAAGAUGUUUACUGGUUCCUGAUGAAGCCCUCACAGCCUCCAGUGUAUAUAUUACGAUCUUUCAAAAGCUCAGCCACAGUGGCUUCCUACAGUAACAAUAGCUUCAGCAAAAGAUUCUCACUGCAGAUAAAUAGUAGUUUAGUUAUACACAAUAUCACUUUGGAUGAAUUAGGAAUUUAUUACUGCAUCUUCAAUGAAACCCCACCUAAAAUUAGCACUGGCGUCAGGAUAUGGCACAGCAGUGAAUCACAUUUGAACUCCCCCAACAAGACGGAGGAGGAUCAGCAGUUGUGGAACCACACCAAAGACCACAUAGACAUCACAAGACAUCAGCAAACGCUUCUCAUCAUUUCUGGCUUGACGAACUGUGUUCUGUUCUGUGGAGUAAUAGGUCUGACAAUUCAGCGCUGCAAAAGGCCUCCAAAACUCUCACAACAACCACAACCUCCGGAGUCGAAUGUCCAGCGGCAGCAAGACCUCAAUGUACAGUAUGAAGAGAUCGAACUCCCCACGUCAACCAGUGGUGUGAGGCAGAGUCAAGCCAACAGCACGUACGUUAUGUUACAGUUCCCGAAACCUCGGCAAGGAGCCUGAAGACCUGCACUCAUCUUACUUCAGAGACAUGUUGGCCAUGCAGCAAAAGACGUUUGAUUUCUGUUGUUUCAACACUGAAUUGACAUGCAAAGAUCAGUACUGACUGGAGUUGACCUGGCAGAGCUGUGCAACAAUAGUGUUGACACCUCCAUCAACACUUGAGGUGGAGGUGAGAUUUACUCUGUACAUGUUGGAGGAAGUGUGGUAGCAGGUCUGCCCUAUGGGUGAAACAUCAUGAGUCUCUUCCUUCGUACUUCUUAUACGUUUGGCCAUAAACAUUUCACCGAUUCCCCCCUCACGAUGGCCAUUCUGGAGUAACUUCACGGCCUUUCUAACUUCAGUAGCAUGUUGCCGUUCUUGGAAGAAAACCUUGUAUCUCCAAAAUGUUAACUUUGAAUGCAAGUCAAUGGAACCAGACUUUUUUCCAGUUGAUUUUAGGCAGUUUCUUUUGGUCCAUUCAUCUUCAAAUUUGCACACAAUGUAAAGAACAACAGGCAUUUUCAAAUCAUGUCAAAAACAGAAAAAUGACAAAAAUGGAAAAUACAAGGUUUGCAUAUAAGCUAUGCGCUACAAAGUGCAUCUUAUGGUUCGGGUCCACGUUUGCAUUCAUUGUACACAUCGCCCAGCAGGAAGCUGAAGGACCUUGGGACACAUUUGCAUGACCAUCAUGAGACAUUCCACAUGAACCAUCCUCAAACGGAUACUUGGUUUUGGUGCGUCAGCCUGUUAGCACAUUAGCUGUUGCCCUAAUGGGUCUGUAAUAGAGGCCUGAUGAUGCACGAAUGUAGAAAGCGUAGAAACCUGCUGACUUUCCCAGGUUAGAUGACUAGGCUGAACUCCAGAUGGUCGGAUGUUGUGCAAUAACACGCUGCAUGACAUUUUGUCUGGGUGACUGCAGUCAUGCUAACGGUGAACAAACUUGGUUCCUUCUUCUGAAUAAAAACAAACGCUGUGGCCUUGUGACUUAAAUAACUGUGAAUAAAAACUCUUUAAUAAAAACUAAAAACAUUUUGCGCUGUAAAGGCAGUAAAGAGGAACUUGGUGCGAACAGCCUUGCAACCAAGAACACUUUUAGCCACGUGUUCACCCAGAGCGCCUGUAGCGCCUGUGGCUUCAGUGGUAAAGCCGCUUGCAUCGGUUUAAAAAAUGACGACUGCAGCUGUGAAACACUUUCCAGUCUCCUCUUUUAUUACGGUUCAACUUCUCAUUUAUUUAAACACACAAAUACAACAUUGCAGACAAACUCUGGUCUCGCCAGAAAUAGUCACUCGUUUUCUACAUCUGGCACAUCAAUUUUACACGUUUGUAUCUGUACCAUAAGCCGUACAAAUGCACAUGGAUGUGAUGAGCAUCAUACUGCAUGUCCAGUGUAU